UGACACAUUUGAACCUCAAAACCAUACUGAGGCAAUAAUGAAUCCAGACACAAAAGAAUAUGCACCAAAGGUUCCAUUUAUGUGGAACUCUAAGAAGGAAAAGAGCCUCAGCUGCAGUGACAGAAGACAGGUCAGUGGUCACUAGGGCGACGCUGGGGAGGGGCUGACUGGGAAGCAGGAACAAGGGAGGAUGUGGGGGGCUGGAAAGGCUCUAUCCCGGCCACACGGUAGGUAACACGGUGUGCACACUUGCCAAAUCCACGAGGCUGUACACUUAAAGUGGGUGCGUUUUUUUUAAUUUUAUUUAUUUGAGAGAGAGAGAAUGAGAGAGGGAGCAUGAGGGGAGGUCAGAGGGAGAAGCAGACUCCCCACCAAGCAGGGCCCCCGAUGUGGGACUCGAUCUCGGGGCUCCAGGAUCAUGACCUGAGCCAAAGGCAGUUGCUUAACCAACGGAGCCACCCAGGUUCCCAAAGUAGGUGCGUUUUGUGUAAAUUGCAACGGACCCUCCAAACAAAGCUCUGAUUUGUAGCGUUUUAACUUCCACAACCCAAGUACACCCACUGCUCGCGGUUUUGAGCAAGCGACGUGUCGUCACUCCGUGCGGAGCAGAGAAGGCUACGGGACCAGCUCUCGCGGCCGUGUGGGCCAGCACCGGCUCCUGAACGCUACCACCUGCGCCUCAAAAAAGUUGCUUUUGAAAACAGAAGAUGACGAAGACCCUGAAACAUCUCCGACGCGCACUGGCAACGCCGGUGCAGACGGAGACACAGCGCCGUCGAACGCCCGUGGGACCCAGCAGCUCCCCACCGCGGGUGAUCACAGCUGACGCGUGGACAGGCGCCCCUAGGAGGCCCCACCGAGGGCCACAGCAGCCCUGCUCCUAAAGACAAAAACGGCCAAGGACUCAUCACCAAGAGCAGCACGGACGACCGGCGCUCGUGGAAUCGCUUCCAGCCGAGAGGACGACAGUCUGCAAGCUCGGGCAGACGGGAGGGCUCCAGGCCGGUGGCUCGGUCCCCCCGUGAGCGUGCGCGUAGCCACCCGAAGGCAGCGUGGAACCAGAGGGACACGCGCGAACCCGACAAAGUGUCACACGGCACCGAGGACCGGCCGGCCGCCCCGCUCCCACCCACGUCUACCUGCAAGGACAGCUCGGUUUAAGACCGAAAGCCAGGAAAGCAGGGACGGGCAGAGCCCGCGAGACCAGAUGAUGCCUCCUGCUGAGGGGCGAGUGAUGCCUUUGUCCUCAGGGAGGGUCGCCGGCGAGGCACCUCCUCCUGGCACUGGCUCUGGCGGGCGCUGCACCUGGGCGCGAGGCCGCCGCGCCAGCCCUGCAGCUGCAGGCCUUUCUGCGCUGGGCACACAUUUGCAUCUCAAUAGCCCCGAUUAACAUUUAAGGAGCCAGCUGUCCGCGCCACGGGGAAAGGGGGGAAACCGCCUUGUUCCUUUAAGGGGUGGGCUCAAGGCUCUCCGUCCAGCGGCCUUCAUCUCCCCACUGGGUCUUCACACUCACGCAAUUCUUCUCCGUGAAAAAAUGCCGAGCGCCACUAGCGAGUUAUCAGGGCCCGACUGUGUCUGCAUCAAUGGCCCUCAGUCCAUUGUGGCCGUCGUGCAGCUGCAGGGCUGGCGCAGAGCAAGCUGCCCGGCUGGGCUCUGUCCCUCUGUCUGUCCGUUGUCACCGGGCACCGCGUCCAGCGUGGCCUGUCACUGCCCCAUCAAACGGAAGUGGACAGCAUGUUCAGAGCUCCCGCACUGCCCUGGGGGUCGAGCCAGCCAGCACCCCCACCCAGCCCAGGGAGCCACCGGCCCCGCUGCUCUCCCCCGAUCCCCGCACGGCCACCAGCGCUGAGGCCUCCCCUUGCCGGCCACCGCCCCGAGCAGGGUCUUGGCUCGCAAGUCUGCCCGGAGGCGGCCUCUGGCAGGUGUCAGUUGUAGGGAGUUCAUUGGCGUCCCCCAAAACUCACGUCCACUCAGAACCUCAGAACAUGACUUUCUUCAGAAAAAGGGUCUCGCGGGUGUAAUUAACUAAGAAGAGGUCAUGCUGGAGGAGGGCGGGCCCCGAAUCCAGUGUCUGGUCCUUGUAGUAAGAGGAAACAGGCACAGGAAGAAGACCAUGCGACCCCAAACCCCCUGUCCCCAAGAUCGACACACCCAGCAACAGUGGAGGCCGUGGUCUGGGCCCCAGAGAGCCCCGCACACGCAGGAUGGCCACUCAGAGCUCCCCUCCUUUCCAACCUGGGGGGCAGGGGCCAGGUGCCUCCUGGGACAGCAGCCCCACCAAGGUCGGGGUGCAGGGAGGCGGGGCCAACAGCUGUCUGGGCGCUGCCCUACCAAGCGCCGUCUGGCCCCCUGACCCCCACCUGCCCUCAUGAGUCCUGGGCCCCCCUCAAGCCCGAGCACCCAGCCAGGAACCACCUGAGACCCUUCACCCCCACCGGGGGGCAUCUCGCUCUCAGCACACAGGAGUGCCUGGGUCACCGCGGUCCUGGGGGCCUCAGUGGGCGCUCCCGGGAGGCGGGGCCUCCACCUGAGGAGGGCGAGGGUCUCGGCUCGCACUGGUGGGAUUCGGCUUCCCCACCCCCCACCCAAGGGCAGAUCCGGAGAAAGUCACUCCUCAGAGCUCUUCUGCAAAUUCCUCCCCAGACAGCACGGCGAGGCCCCAGACCCGCGCACCGCCACGGUCCUGCCCCCCGGCGAGAGAGGCAGAGUCGCGGGCAGCACCCACGCUCUCCCACGGCCGUGCGGGCUCGGGUGCGGGCCCGUCAGUCGGACUUAACAUGCCGCUUCCCCAACGAAGACCCCAAGGACCAGCUCUGCCCUGGCCAAGGGGAAACGGGGACCGGGUCAGGCUCUGCGCACCUACCUGCUGGGAGGGGACCCGCCCGCCCCCGCCCCCGCCCCCGCGCUGCUGCCACCCCUGGACGCCUGCGGGGUCCCUGACCCGGAAGCUCUGCCGCUCCCGCUUUUCACCCCAGCCCAGGGGGUCGGGCGAAGCCAAACCACGAGAGGCAGGAGAGCUCACCCAGCCGCUCCCGUCCCUGCCACUGGGGACUGGGGGAGUCUGGGGACUCAAAGGCGGGGCCCGAGCAGCCCCACUGUCACCGGCACUCAAGGUUUCCGCAAGGGACACACGCAGGCCGGGCAGACCGGCGGCAGAGUCUCGCCAAACCUCUGAGGAAGCCUCUGGUUUCCGAGUGUGGGGCCGGGGACUGCAGCCCGGGGCGGCGGGCUGCCCUGAGUCCUGGAGUGUCCCGAGGAGGAGAGACGCCCAUGCCCUGGGGAGAGAGAGCGAAGGACGCCCAGAGGGGGCGAGGGCGCUGGCGAGGGCCCGUGAGCGCAGCCGCGGCGGGGACGCCCCCGCGUCCGGACGUGUGUGCACAAAUGCGCGGCAGCACGGACGGCCGCGCGUGCCAGUGUCACACCGUCCCAGACGGCGCGAGCGGCUAGAGCGUCCACAGCUGGCAGUGACCGCGCAGACCGACCGUCCGCCCCGGAGGCGCCCACGCCGAGGGCGUCCGGCCCAAGGGGCAGCCUCCAAGCAACAGCCGUGUGCCGAGGCAUCGGCCGCCCUUUCCCCCACAGGGAGCUCCCCACGAGCUUCGGGAUGCCGCGGGAGGGACCCUUCUGGGUCCAGACGCCCCUUCCGAAGGGAGCUCCAACAGCCCGGGGGUGGGGUGGGGGAGCCACGGCCUGCCGGCGCCCACACCCUCAGUCUCGCUGACCCCUCCCUGUGCCCCCUCAGGAUGCCCACCAGUGUGGUGGCCACAGCCUUCCGAGAGCCCCGGAAGGUGCUAGGAGGACAGUGACUGUCUGCAGGGCCUGCCCCAUCAGCAGCUGCACUGGCCAGACCCACCCAGGGCAGCUGUGAGCCACGAGCCCAGGCAGGAGCCCAUCACCCCCCUGCACACAGCCCACUGGCUCAUUCCACAUUCACUGGUGUCACAGGAUCUUAGCUGGCGGGAUACAGUCACCAAGGGGGACACCCCUUAUCAUCCCUGAGUGCUGGGGAGGGGGGGAAGAGCAGCAAAGCACAGAGGGCCUCCAGGUGGAGGCAGCAGCUCUGGAAGCCUCAGGCGGCUCUGCCUGCCAACCACACAGACACACCACUGUCUCUGUCACCUCUAGAUGACACCUCUGUCACCACUAGGCUUUCCUUCCCUUGUCCCUAGGGCCAGUGGAGGCCACCUGAGGGGGCUCCAUGCGUUCCUGGCAUUGGCUUUCCCUCAACCCAGCCAUGCCCUAAGGCCCAGACAAAGGCUGCCAGUGCUGGAGGGAAGCCGUGUGGAACCCAGGAAGAUGCCAGGACCCCGGACUCAGUGGGACCCACCUUUCUGGGGCCAUAGAGUCUGGGGCUCAGGGUCCAAGCGCAGCUCUUCUCAGGAGCAAGACUUAAAUGCAAAUCACCCCCAGGCACAGGCUGCCACGGAGGGAGGAAACGGAGACGCCGCACGCAGCUGCCACUGCAGCCGGGUGCAGAGAAGCGCGGCCCCAGGGGGCAAGGGGCAAACCCCACAGAGGAGCGGUGCCCCAUCCCAGGGCUGAGGGCAGCUAGCCCGCUGCCUGUCGCAGCACAGGGACCCCAGCCGGGCUGACCGCACAGGCUGGACUCCGAUCCCAGAGAACAAAGUGUCCUGCUCUGUGGCUGAUGGCAGAGGACAAUGCCAGACACCAGGACGCCCACUGGUCCCCACACAAAAUGGGAGCACUGAGCAUGGCUCUGUUCCUGAGAGGGGCGCCCCGCUGGGAGCCACGCACAGCCCUGUCACUCCCGCAAAACUCAGGAAAGAACCCUGAACACGGGAGAGGGGCUGACCCGCGAGGCACACACCGUGGCCCUCACUGGCCUACGGGGCAGGGUCACACACACACACAGGUCAGGGCAGAAGCUGAGAAGACUGGAAUGAUUCUCCUGCCUCAAUGAUACCAAGGCCCUGGACUCUGAACCAAGGACCCGCGGGUCACUGCGUAGGCUUGGAAGACUGCCCACCCCACGGGUGCGGUGGCCCAUGGGUCCAGAUCAGGGCCAGGGAGGGGAUGCACCCCUGCCCCGAUGUCCUUCAUGCCUGCCCCGACUCCUGGGGCUGUGCCAGGUGAGCCCACACAGCCAGGGACUCAGGCUGAGGAGGGGACUCCAAAAUGACCCACGGCCUAAGCCCCAGAACCUAGAGAUGUGGCCUCACUUGGAAAAAAAGAUCUUUACUGUUUUCAUGAAAUUAAAGAUCUCAAGAUGAGACCAUCCUGGCUUACAAGGAGAGGUCCUGAAUCCAGUGACAAGUGUCCUUAAAGAGACACGGAGAAGCCACACGAAGAUGGAGGCAGAGACUGGAGGAACGUGGCCACAACACAAGGGACACCCAGAGCCUCCAGAGGCAGGAAGGAGCCUCCCCCAGAGCCUCUGGAGAGAGCACAGCCCCACUAGCACCUUCUUCUCCGACUUUCGGCCUCCAGAACCGUGAGAAAGUCCAUUUCCAUCGUUUUCAGCCGCCCAGUUUGUGGUGAGUUGUUACGGCAGCCACGGGACAGUAACAGAGCCGCCAGCCCAGAGGUGAUGCGGGUGUAACGGGGGCACCCGUCACCCCCACGCUUCCCCGACUUCUCUGGUCAGCCCUGGGGGUACAGCUGCCCUCGGCCUCGUGAGGAUUCACCCGACCUCAGGCGACCCCGGAUAUGUCCCAAGAAAGAAGCAGAAACGCCUCCCCCCGGAGAACUUACACGCAACGGACCGAGUCCUCCAACCCACAGAACACCAAAGCCGCUAAAAUAUUAGCGGACACUGAGCAGUCCCGUAGCUACGAAAGACGCUCAACUUAGUUACACGUACAGGAGGAAGGUCGGGGCCCAAGCGGUUUACUGUGAAUUCCGCCAAGCGCUGACAGGAGCAGUAGCGCCGACUCUCCCCGGGCUCCUCUAGAAAGGACAAACGGAGGGACACCUCCCGGCUCCUUUCAUCGGGCCAGCAUUACCCUGACACCAGAACCAGGAGACAACACAGCAAAACCACAGACCAUCGUCCCUCACAACCACAGAGAAGUCCUUGACAACCUGCUAGAGACGCGCCAGCCCCGUGCCCGUGCGGACGGGCCCACGCGCUGCGGGCACCUGGGCGGCAGCCGACGGGCGCGGGGCUUCUGGUCUCGGCUCAGAUCGGUCUCCGGUCGCACCACCGGGCCCCGCGGCAGGCUCCGCAGUCAGCGGGGAGUCUGCUUGAGAUCCUCCCUCCCUCCGCCCCUGCCCACGCGAUCGGUCUCUCAUCCUCUCAAAAUAAUUAACUAAUUAAA